UUUAAUGAAGUUUGCCCAUAGAUAAAUAAUAUAGUUGAAAUAUCUUGUCUUACUCUGUGGCAAAAAUGAUUUUUUCUGUGACAGGCAAAAUAUUAACAUUUUAUCUCUGUUGACAUGUAUCAAAAAGUUCUAUUUUAUGAAAUUACUUUUGUCGUUUCUUGUGUUGAAGAACAAAGAAGAAACAAGUAACUUAAAAAUAAACAAAACUUUUAGUAAUAAAAGUAAGAGUAACUAAAAAGUAUUGGUGCUACUAUAGUAUGCGGUCUACAGUUGCGUUUCUACUAUAGCUUGCGGUCUACCGAGGGAUGCGGUGUAAGUAUAAGCUGAGAUGAUAAAGGUAUUAACUUGUAAAAUUACAAUAAUGAUUCUUCUUAUUUAUGUGUAUUAUUAACUUUGUAAAGAAGGAUUUUGUUGGCUAUGUACACGUUCUAUCGGUACGUCUGCUAAUCACCAUAAUCUUUUCUCAGAAGGCUUUGAACACAAUAAUGAAAAGCUCCAGUAGGUACUAAUAAACAUUACAAUAAAAUAUAAUCUUUAUUAUAAUGCAAAUUACACCGUAAUCUUUUCCAGGAUAUACGAAAUCCUUCGAUUAGAGGUAGGUAGAUCAAACCCACGGGGUAAACCGUAUACUAUAAUAUAAUGGUACCAAAAUAUUGUUAUAAACGGUUUAAACAUGCUUAUUAAUAACUCUUACUUAUUUGACUUGACACCUCGCAUUUCUCCAAUAGAAUAGCUUUCACUACUUUUUAUAAAAGUUGCCACCAUGAAGACAUCAACGGCAGGUAAGUUAGUCAGAUUGAGCUUUUGAAAAACCCUCGUCCGUCAUAUUAUGCGUUUUAAACUCUUUACAAAGUAGCACUCAACUUUAUCAAUUUCAGUUUAAAACUAAGCUGAUUGGGGAACUACUUAUUACAAUAUAUAAGAUGAACAUAAAUAAUACCUAGGAAUUUUCCAUUAAAGACGAUUAAAAUGUAAUAAACCCGUGAUACCUACCCUAAUCGCGUUGUUUCCGACUGCUAGGCCCGGUUGGCCGUGACCCGUGACGUCGAACCAAUAGAAGGACGUUCAAGGGCCUCCUAAGAUAUUUGAAUUUUAUAGCAUUUUCAAAGCGUCGUAAUUAGCGUACGGGUUAAAAUUUUUUGUUUUUUUCGCAUGCAAGCGUUUUAAGAUCAUGUUGCCUUAUGUUUUUUAAUAUCAUUUUAAUAUUUAAAAAUUGAUGCAAGUUCCCUAUUUAAAACCUACUUUGUAAAAACUCUAUAGUUCAUAGUUUAUAUCAAUUUAAUAUGUAUCGUAAUUGUACCACCGCUAAUAACCUUUUAUGGUUGAUGCGGGUUAUUACUAAUAAAAAAAAAAAAUUUUGUCAUUCUAAGCAAAAAAUGUUCUUACAAGUUUUUUCGUAGAAUGCAUAGUUUUCGAGAUAAACGUGGGGUUAAGCUUUAAAAAAAUCGAAAAAUUGCAAUUUUUGGAAUCAGUGAUGGGAGGUGGACGAAGAGAUUACUUGAGUGAAGGCCGAGAUUAGACAAAAAAGUAGAGGAGGGCCACCUACUCGUUGGACUGACGAUCUCAAGAGAAUGUCAAGAAAUUGGAUGCAAAGUGCUCAAAAUAGAGCACAAUUGACAAAAAUAAGGGAGGCCUAUGUCCAGUAGUGGAUGCAAAGACUCCGUAUAACUCCGUACAACAGUAUAAGAAAGUUAUAACAUUGUAGUAACCUGACUUUUAUGGGUAUCGACAAAUCAUGACAUUUGAAUAACUUUGCCAUUUCUUGAAAUGCAGAUCUUGCUUUCUCUAUCCUACAUUUGAUUUCUAUGGAAUGGUUCCAAUUUUCAUUGACGUUCGUACCAAGGUAGGUAUAUGUUUUUACUCUUUCUAUGUGUUGACCAUUCACACUGAUUCGUCCAAAUUGCUGUUCAUUCUUAGAGCUCAUGAUACAUUGUGUUUUCUUAGUGUUCAGUAAAAUUCCGUAUCUCUGACUGACUUCUGCGAUUCUGUUCAGUAAUUCCUGCGGGCUUUAGAACUAUUAGCGAAUACCACCACGUCGUCUGCGUAUCUUAUGUUUUUGAUUCAUUCUCUGUUAAUUCGAAUUCCGGCUUCAACAUCAUCCACUGCUUCUUGAAAGAUUUCCUCAGAAUAGAUGUUAAACAGCAGUGGUGAUAGUAUACAUCCCCCACGUUUUAUUUUGAUAUCGUCGGAUUCUCCUGCCUCUGUCCGGAUAGAUGAUGUUUGAUUCCAUAGCUUCUAAGCUACAGUUAACCACUUUCUAUGUCCCCCGCUCCACUAACAGUAUUUGCUACUCCACCCUGCAACACUCUUAAAAGUGCCCAGUCCAACGCUCCCGCAAAAAAAAAUAUAUAAAAGGCUCGCCUAUGGUAACAAAAAAAAUAUAUUAAAUUUCGCAAUCAUACCUGGAAUAUAAAUAACUUCUUUGCCCCGACAUUUUGAUUUCGAGAGAUAGGACAGACGCACCUGGUAUUUUAUUACCAAAAAUGUAAUUAAGCAAAGUAUAUCGCAAGGAUACUAAAAAAAAAUUUAUUUGUUCUAUUUUCACGGGACGGAAGUACACGUAUUUCAAAAUGGGAAAGAACAGAUCGACGAAAAAAUCAUGUUGUAAACGUUUUGGAAAAUAUUUAAGAGAAUAUAGCAACUUCUCCGGUAUUCAUGGUGUGCAAUAUUUUGGAGAAAAGAGAACGUAUUUUGAGAAAAUAUGGUGGUUUAUAGUGUUUGUUAUAGCAUUAUCAAGUUGUGUGUACGCUAUUCUAGAAGUGUAUCACAAAUGGAUUCGAAGUCCAGUAAUUGUGACAUUUGCUACCCAAGAAACUCAGAUAUACUCCAUACCGUUUCCAGCGGUAACAAUAUGUCCAGAAUCAAAGACAAACCAGUCUCUAUAUAACCAUACAAACAUAACAAGAAAAAUUAUUGAAAAUGUUGAUCUAACUGAGGAUGAGCAAAAUAAUUUAAACUAUAUAAGUUUAGUUUGUGACCAUGGUCCUCAUACCUGGGGUUUUGCAUGGGGAAAAUUUAUAGAUGAAAAUUUUUACGAAGUAUUAGCUAAGGUUAAUUGUAGAAGCCCUUUGAAUGAGUGUGAAUAUAUGGGUAGGCGUGUUCAAUGUGACACAAUAUUUGUUCCAAUUAUUACUGAUGAUGGAAUAUGUUACUCAUUUAAUAUUUUGGACAAAUCUGAUAUCUUUAAAGAUUUUGUUGUAUCUAAUUUAAAUUUUCACAAGGCUGAUAAAACUAAUAAUGAUUGGACUAUAGAAACUGGUUAUGCUAAACAUUUAGGUAAACACACAUAUCCAAGAAGGGCGCUCUUCUCUGGACUUAAAAAUGGCUUAUCAGUAAGUUUUAGAUCGACUAGAGAAGAUAUUGAUGCAAGUUGUAAAUCGGGACUUCAAGGUUACAAGGUUUUACUUCACCUUCCAUCAAGAUUACCUUUGUUAAGUCAUGGAUACUUCAGAGUACCGGAAAAUGAGGUUGUUAUUGCUGGUGUUAAUCCCUCCAUGAUAACAACUUCAAACACUCUAAAGAAUUAUGAUGUAGCUAAAAGAAAUUGUUAUUUUUCUUACGAAAAAGAUUUGCAUUUUUUCAAAAUAUACACCAUUAGAAAUUGUAAAAUAGAGUGCCUUACAAACUUUACUUUAUAUUACUGUGGAUGUGUGGGAUUUUAUAUGCCAAGAGAAAAUGGAACAAAAAUUUGUGGCACUGACCUUGGAAUUCAAAUAUGUAUGCUUGAAGCUGCGGAUAAAUUACAAACACUAAACUUACCAGAUUUUAGUAGCCAAAAUGAGACUAAAACACAUCAAUUUCACGGCAACUUCACGGCUUGUGAUUGUUUACCAAUGUGUUCUGACUUAACAUAUAAUGUUGAGUUAUCUCAAUCUAGAUGGAAUUGGCUUUCUGCCUUUAGAGCGCGGGCUACAAACAGAACACGUAUAGAUCCAUCUGGUGUAUCGGUAUCCAAAUUAAUCAUCUUCUUUAAAACAUCCGAUUUUAUAUACUCUGAACGCAAUGAAUUGUAUGGACCUUUGGAUUUUUUGGCUAAUUUUGGAGGAUUAUUGGGACUCUUUACUGGAUUUUCACUGCUCUCACUGAUGGAAAUUGUAUAUUUCUUAACAAUUAGAAUAUGUUGUAAUGUAAAGCUUUAUGGUCAUUGGUCAGGAAAUGAUAAUUGAAAAAUAAAACCAAUUAAUAAAUAUAA